AUGUCGUAUAUCGUCGUCCGCGGCUCGUCCUCCGACUUCUUGCACCAAAAUGAAAAGCUAUUUGAGAAAUUAAAGCCGUACUUAGUCGUUGCCUUCGCCAUUCUCUUGCUCGGCACACCACUGCUGCUAAUAUUCCAACCAAUCCAAACACUUUCGACCGAUGUUGCCGCUUCCGAUGCCGCUUUUGAUGGCGCUUCGUCAUUGAAUGUUAAGGCGCCUCGAAGCCCUACCGAUCCUGCCGCAUCCGCGUUACAAGCUGAAGUCGUUAAUGGCGUUGCCAUUGCGUGGUCGCUGUGUCGAGCCGAGGCUGCUUACUGGGCUGAUGUAGACAGAAGGAAGGCAGCUCAUGAUGGGGAUCAGUGGCCCAUGGAUGCAACCGACCUGCCGUCGCUGCUGCUGUCCGUGCUCAUGCCCACAUACCCGUGUCCAGCAGAGGAGAGAGUGGGCGCAUGGGGGGAUGGGGGAAAGUGGGUAUGCAUGCUACCAACUGCGAUUCGAGAAAAGCCUGUCGUAUACAGUGUGGGCAGCAACGAGCAGUAUGACUUUGAACAGGCCAUCGGCGCUGUGCUGCACACCAAGCCAUUCACCUUCGACCCUUUCCUCUCCGCCAACGCCACUGCUCGCAUGCACGCCCUCCCCUUCCUCCACUUCAAUGAAAUCGCCAUCGCCGGCGCAGCCAGCCUCGAGAAUUUCCGGGAAAAAAACCCCGGGAUUACCUUUAUGACUUUGCAAGAGGCGAUGGAGAAACUGGGGCAUGAGUAUGUGGAUGUGUUGAAAAUGGACUGUGAAGGGUGUGAGGAGGACAUGCACAAGCCCCAGCAGUCCCUGCCCUACCUGUACGCCAUGGAGGGCAUGGGGUACCGCAUGUUCCAUGUGGAGCCCAACCCGCUGUGCUACUCACACAACCCCCCCUUCCAUCUUGCCCUCCUGUGCGCCUGCCCCUUUAUUUCCCUCACCGAUUACAGAAUGCACAAACCCCAGCAAUCUCUGCCCUAUCUCUACGCCAUGGAGGGCAUGGGGUACCGCAUGUUCCAUGUGGAGCCCAACACACCACAUACCCCCCUUCCCCCUUUCCCCACUCCCUCCCUCUACUAUCACAGAAUGCAUAAACCCCAGCAGUCCCUGCCCUAUCUCUACGCCAUGGAGGGCAUGGGGUACCGCAUGUUCCAUGUGGAGCCCAACACACCACAUACCCCCCUUCCCCCUUUCCCCACUCCCUCCCUCUACUAUCACAGAAUGCAUAAACCCCAGCAGUCCCUGCCCUAUCUCUACGCCAUGGAGGGCAUGGGGUACCGCAUGUUCCAUGUGGAGCCCAACCCGCUGUGCUACUCGUGCAUCGAGUUAGAGUGCUUGAAUCCUGCGCGGACUGAAAGACUAUUUGUUGCUUCUAGCCGCAACUCCUGGAACCACAUCCUUCCAGCUGACGAUUCUUCGUUCACCAUGGGAAACGGAUCAUCUAAAGACGGGGUUAUCAUCAAAGACGUAGGGUCCACCAAGAACUCGGUGAUCUUUGUGCAGCCCGGCCUCAAGGGCGUAUGUCAAGACGCCGCACUUGCCACAGAGAACCUGAUAGUCACAAGCACAACUGGGGAAAGAGGCAGUGCGCUGGUGGGGGUGUUUGACGGGCACGGUCUAUCCGGGCACUACGUGUCCAAGACAGCUCGCGACCAGCUGCCAGAGCGACUCAAUGCAGCCGUGCAGCACACCCAGAAUGAACUAGCACACGUGGACGGGGCUGCAGCUAGGGACGUGUGGGCGCGGGUGUUUGGGGGCGUGUUUGGGGAUAUCGAUGAGGAGCUGAGGAAGGACCUGUUCCACAACAGGGACAGUGGUUCCACUGCUGUCGUCGCCCUCCGCCUCGGCUCGGAGCUGAUAGUGGCACACAUAGGGGACUCGCGCUGUGUGCUCGCUCGCAUUGCCAGGGGUCCGAAUGGGAAGAACGAUGCAGCGACCAUGGAGGCAGUUCAACUGACCAUCGACCACAAGGCCAGCAACCCAGCUGAGAAGGCACGGGUGCAGGAGGCGGGAGGCAAGGUGCUCAACUACAUGAACACCAUCGACAGAAUCUUCCUGCCAGGGAAGAGCGAGCCAGGGCUGGCAGUGGCGCGUGCCUUUGGAGACUUUGAGCUCAAGUCCCAUGGGCUCAUCUGCCGGCCCGAUGUUACUGUUCGCAGUAUAGACCCCAACGAUCAGUUCGUCGUCAUGGGUUCCGAUGGGGUGUGGGACGUGCUGUCGAACGCAGAGGUGGUGGAGAUCGUAGCAAACACAUGGCCCAGGAGCAAAGCAGCGAAGCAGGUGGCUCAGAAGGCCGUAGCCAAGUGGGCAACAGAGAAGCACGCCAACUCCAGAGAUGAUAUAUCCGUUGCAGUGCUGUUCUUCUAA